CCAGGAAAAAGAAAACGACAUUGAAGAAAAGUACUCUUGAGGGAUCUUACGAGAUUGAAGUCUGUUCGUCGUUUCUUCAUAAUUUCACGCACGAUAGCUGGUAAUUGACUGACCUACUGAUUGAUCAGUGGUAAACUUUUGCGUGAUUGUGGUAUUCGAAUUUGACGUCGUAAAUGAAAGUGUCGCAGCACUGUGUAUACCGGGUUAGAGAGACAUCGAUACCGUCCGCCAUAUCGGAAAAGUGCCAUUCUGAAUAGUUAUUGUUUCGCGAAAAGUGGCGAAAGUAUAUUCUUCGAACGAAAAAAGGGGAGUGUGAAAAAAUCAACAAGCUUCGUAGAGUCGUGUAUCUGCUUGUGUGUAUCAACCAGAGCUGUCAUAAAUGUACACAUUCUAUAUAGAUUACACGAUCUAUGCUCGGUUAGUGGGCCGAUUUACUGAAGACAAGUGAUCGUAUCUGACGCACGGCAGUGAAUUGACAUUAAUCAUCGUCGCGUGGUGUUGUGCACCCAUCGACCGUCUAAAGAGCUAGUGCCGCAUUCUUAUUCGACGGCGAACUUCCUCACACAGCAGGUAAUCAUGGCUAAUCGGGGUACAGCCCAGAGGCCAAAUGGUUCAACACAAGGGAAGAUUUGUCAGUUUAAACUGGUGCUACUUGGAGAAUCUGCAGUGGGGAAAUCAAGUCUUGUUUUGAGGUUUGUUAAAGGACAGUUCCAUGAAUAUCAAGAAAGUACUAUUGGAGCUGCAUUUUUAACACAAACUGUGUGUUUGGAUGAUACAACUGUAAAGUUUGAGAUUUGGGAUACAGCAGGACAGGAACGUUAUCACAGUCUUGCACCAAUGUAUUAUCGUGGUGCACAAGCAGCCAUUGUUGUAUAUGAUAUAACAAACCAGGACACAUUUGUACGUGCCCAAACGUGGGUGAAGGAAUUGCAACGACAAGCCAGUCCAACUAUAGUUAUAGCUUUAGCUGGAAAUAAAGCAGAUCUUUCAAAUAAAAGAGUUGUAGAAUUUGAUGAAGCUCAAACAUACGCAGAUGAAAAUGGCCUUCUUUUUAUGGAAACUUCAGCCAAAACUGCAAUGAAUGUUAAUGAUAUAUUUUUGGCAAUAGCUAAAAAACUUCCAAAGAAUGAACAAUCAGGAAGUGCAAGUACAAGUGGCCAAGGUCGUCGAUUAGUUGAGACAGAAGGACAAAAAGCAGCAACUGGCAAUUGUUGCAAGUGA